AUGAAGGAUGGUAACAGAUUUGACGCUUCAGAUCAGUGGUCAAUGGUAGAGAUAUAAUCCAACGUCAGUUCAGCUAAGCUUGCCUCUGUUUUUAGUGUUCGAGAGAUUGAAGAACGUGGUGAUCUAGUGCAGGAUAUGCUAUAUGAUGCAGAAUACAAAGCUGAAUAGGCGGAAAUGGAAAAUGAGUAGCUGGUUUUCAAACUUAAUCUAUUCAAGGAGCAGGUUUUAUUCGAUUAGAUCAGACUUAAAUAAAUAUCUCCUGAUCAUGAUAAAAUACAAAACUACUCUGAUGGGAUUCAAAGAGUCAGUCAGUUAACUACAUCCAGAAACAAAGCUUCUCUUGAUGGUAUAAUCUAAUUCCGAAAGAAUCUUAAUGAGAUGAGAAAAAAGCAUGCGGCAAUGCUCUAGGAAAAGCGAUAAAUGCUACUUAUGGAGUUGAAAGAAAACUAAGAACUUAAGAAAGAGCAUGUUGAGAGAUAAAUGGAAAUAUAAAGACUCUAAUUGAAAUUGUAAAACUUCAAAAAGGAGAAUCAGAAAUUCGACAUUGAAAAAUAUGAACGGCAAAAGGAAGAGAUCAGGCAAAGAGAAUGCUAGUUCGUCUCGGAUUACCUAUUUACUCAGAAAGUGGUUGAAUUUAUCAAAUUGUUGACAAAUAUUGAUUCAUAAGUUCAAAGAUAGGAUAGUGGUAACACUCUACUACCGAUAAAAAGUGUUAAUGUGGAUAGCAAUGCCAAACUGUAUAUUGAAGAACUUAAGAUGGUAUUAGAUAUGAGAGAAGACCGCUAAAAAGAAAUUAUUAUGAGGAAAUAGAGUCCUAGGAACAAAAAUUAAACCUUCGAUAUUUUAGCCAUUCAUUCACCUAGGAAUUUAAAUCAGAUGAAGCAGCAUCCUAGCAUGAUGAAACUAGGAGACUUAGGCUUAUUUACUCAAUCUGCAGGAACUCCCAGAUCCUCAACUUAGAGAAGAGGCUCUGGUAGAUCAAUCACUCCUCUGAAGAGAAAAACAACCACGAGUAUUGAAGGAUUAUUCUAAAUAAAUGACGAUAUAAUUCUCAGAUAGUUCGAAAAAAUAAAGAAAAGGGAGUCUAAACUUGCACAAUUAGAAAACUUAUCGCUUGAUGAUAAGAAUUAAAGCAUUCUAAUAGUUUAAAAAGCAAUUGGCUUAGAAAUUAUACUAUCCCAAUAUGAGAACUGUAUUUUCAGAUUAGACUCUCAAAAUAAAAUAUAUAACGAUAUGUAUAUGUAAAGAGAUAGAAAUCUUAAACUAAGAGAGUAACUUAUCAUUCAACUACAUCAUAUCAAAGAUUUUAAUAAGAGAAUUACCUUUCAAGCUUUAGAAAAGAAAGAUAGUGAAAAAUUUAACAAAGAAUCUCACAGUAUUAAUCAUUUGAAGAUGCUUUCUAAUGAGGAUAGAGAAUUUACCAUUAUAUUCGAAAUAUAAAGGAAAAAACAGCUGUUUACUAAAGUCAAUUAUUUUCUCAAUUCAUUUCUUCAGUAAGUCUGCUACAAAAUGAAACUUUUAGUUGAAAAGGGAGAACUUAAGCAAAGUGAUGAAAUUUAUCAAACCUUCGAUUAGUUUGACAAACUUUAUAAAGAGGUCAGUCAUAUAAACAAGGCCUAGGUCGAAUAGGAUACUCAUAGUCCUUAAUAGCCAUAAAAGCUAUUGCCUCCAAGUCCAAAAUUAGGAUUAAGGCACCUUCCGACCAAUCAACUUAGAAAAGUAGAUUCAUUUUAUAAUCAAAACAGCUUAAACUAUCAUAAUCAGAAUAGUCUAGCUGUAGCUGUUCCAGUUGCUAAUAAUUCAAAUAGCAAUUCUAACAACAACAACAUCUCAGGUAAUAGAAAUGAAUCUCCUCUCAAAUAGACACCAUCAUUCGGCAAUCAAAGUACUAACCUCAGGACUAAGCUCUCUGUUAAGGGAAAUAGAAAAAGCUCUUAGAGCAUAACUACUCAAGACUGCUAAAUCAAGCUAUAGAAAGAAUAGGAAAAUUUUAUUAAAUAAAAGUUUGCCAAACGUGUCAGAGAUUAUUUGAAUUACAGUUUACUCUUCAAUCAUUUAAAGAAAAUCGUAGAGGUAGUCAGUAAAAAUUGUUCAACUAUGAAGUAAUAGGUCAAGUAAUUACUGAUAAAAUAGAGAGAUGGUAACUUUUUUGGGAGCGAAAGUGCCCUAGAUGACUAAGAUCUAAACCCGCCAAACAAUCUAUUUAUCAGACAUCAAGAAUUUAUGAAGGAAUACUAGAAAUUUUAUAAUGUAGUGAGUAAAGCACAGCUUGACAAAAGGCUGAAGUAGAUAUAGCAUGAUGAUAAUCCCGAUUAAAAUGCUUUGAAAUAAGACAGUCUUGUAAACUAAGCCUUUAGUAAUGUAAUAAUAGUUAUAGUAAAUUCAUUUCUAUAGGGCAAUCUUGAUACUGAUAAAGAUGCUAAGAACUUGAAGGAUGAGGAAAACUUGUACAUAGAUGAGGCUAGAUAGACUAAGAAAUAGGAAAUUUUGAAUGCUUAAAAUCAUUAAAAGAGGUUAAAAGAAAGUUAAUCUCAUAAAUAGAUUUUAACUGAUAUUCAAUUCAAAAUGAAGGAAUUUGAGCUCUAUAACAAAUCUCUUUUAUCACUAGAAAAGGAUGGUAAGAUGAAAAACAAUAUAAUUUAUAUAGAAAAGCUUUACCUUGAGUAAUUCAAAAGUGGAUAUACAGAUAUGUUUGAAGCGUUGCAAAACCCUGAUUACUUGAAGUUCAAUAAAACUAAGAUUGAAAACAACAUCAAUAAGUGUAAUUAAACUUUAAAUCAUUACUAUAUAAUAGAAAGAGUACUUUCUAAGAAUCUUGGCAUAGAAAAAUUAGUUCAUAUAAGCGACCAUUUUGACAUUGAAAAUGCUCCACAUAUAUUUUAGAAACUUUAGAACCAUUAAAAAGGUAAAACCUAAUUCAUGAGAGAUCUUGAGAAGCUCACAUAGAAAUAAAUAGGCUAAUUCAAUCCAGAAAUGAAAAUGAAUGCGAUUGAUACUCUUAGGAAUCUACUAUCAAAUGCUAAGAUGAAGUCUAAGACACCUAGAAACUCCUCUAGCAUCCAGAGUAACCAGUAUAAUUUCAAAAAGAUGAAUACAGAGAAGAGGCAUAAUAGUAUCCUACCGGAUCUUAAUAGUAAUUAGAAGAGUUUAAUUCAACAAGACACUCUAAAGCUCAAAAUACCAUUGAAAAUGCAAAGUCAGAUUCAUAUGAUUUCUCCAGAUUCUAAGAAAAGAUUCCUUGAUACUAAAGACAAAAAGACAUCAAAUCUCUACACGUUGUCUGAAGUGUCUUUGUAGUCCUCUAAUUCAUAAUCCAGAAACCCCAAAAAUAACAGAUAAGGUUCAAUUUUAAUAAAAAAUGAAAUAGAUGUACUAUCCCAUCAAAAGCUUAGAAAUUUCUAUUAGAACGUUCCAAAGACUUCAAGAAAUAAACAAAGACCAAAAAUUAACAAUGAGCUAAUAUAACCUUACGAGUUAGAUAUUGAUGAAGGUUAGGAAUUUUAUCCUGAUAUGCAAACAAAUAACUAGAGAAUCCCACCUUACACUGGCUAUAUGACAGUUAGAAACAGAAAUCAGAUAUUCACUAGAGUUCAAGCAUGCCAAAUGGCCAGGCAAAUUUCAUCAAGUCAAUUGUCUCAAAGAGAAAAGAACAGACCUGGAAAAAUUGAUCAAAUUAUGUAGUAGAGUGGGAAAGCACUAUCAUCAUUCAGAGAUAAGAUUAUCAAGGGCUAGCUUAAUCUUUAAUGA